UUUCUUUCUUUCUUUCUUUCUUUCUUUCUUUCUCUUUUUUGCGUUGUUCAUUGUAUACUAGUUAUGUGUCAGGCAUUGGAGAUUUACCAGUGAAUUGAUCAAAAUCUUCACAUUCAAGGACAAUAGAGUCUCAUGGGUGAUACUGAGCAGAAGCAGGCAGUUAUAACAGGGGAUGCACUAGGUUGGUGCAGGGGGUAUUGAAGCCCCGGGGAGUUUGAUUUCUUAGAGUUUGCCUGGCUUGGUCAUGAUGGAGUGCUGGGUAAAGGAUGGAGUGCAGAUACCCCAUGCAGGAGAAGCAAUAUAUCCAUUGGGCCAAAUAUUAGAGGGAAAAUGUGGGAAAAAGGGAAUUCCAUGUGGUUCAGUGUGACUGGACCCUCUAGCACGAGAAGAACAGUGGCACAAAGAAGUCAGAGAGAUGCAGGGAUCAGAUCACACAGAGUCUUACACCAACCUGAGGACUUAGAAGCUUAUCCAUAGGGACUAGGGAGCUUUUGAAAGGUUUUAAACAGCAGAAAGACUUAUUUAGAUUUUCAGUUUAGAAAGAUCACCCCGCCUGCAGAUUAGAGGAGGUAAGACUCAAACCAGGGAAACCAAUGGAGAAUCUGUUGAAAAAUGUAGGUGUGAGAUGGUAAUAGCCUGAGUAAAAAAAAAAAAAAAAACUAAAUAAAUAAAGAUUUAUUUUUAAAAUUGUUUUCAUUUGAGAGAGAAAGAGUGAGCAUAAAUGGGGGAAAGGGAUAGAGGGACAGAAAGAAAGAGAAUCCCAAGCAGGCUCCACGCUCAGUGCAGAGCCUGAUGUGGGGCUUGAUCCCAUGACCCUGGGAUCAUGACCUGAGUUCAAAAUCAAAAGUCAGAUGCCCAACCAACUGAGCCACCCAGGCACUUCAAAAAACUAAAUAAAUAAAAUAAAACUUAAAGAUCACCUGUUGAGUUCCUACCAUGUGCCAGAUAUAGUGCUAAUUGUUUUAUGCACUUAUUUCAUUUUAUCUUCAUAACAACCCCAACAUGUAGGUAUUAAUAUCUGUUUUACAAAUGACAGAAUUAAAAAUUAGAAAAAUUAAGUGAUUUAGCCAAAGUUCAUGCUGUUAUUAAUUGGUAGAUUUGAACUGGAACUUUCCAUUCCUGAAGCUCUUGCUUUUAACAGCUGUGCUGUGAUCGUUGAAAUCUAAGGUGAUGGCAAUGUGAACAGAGAGAAGUGAGUGGAUGUGAGAAAUAUUAUAUGGAGGUCGACUCAAUUAGACCUGGUGAUCAAUUAAUUGGGUGGUGGUGUUGAGGAAGAAAAGUCUAGGAUAAUUCUAGCCUUUUGGCUUAGGCACCUGGGUAGAUGUCAGUGCGACGGUGGUGAUAUUCACUGAAAUGAGGAACACAGAAAGAGAAGCAAGUUUGGGUGAGGUUUACAGAUGAUUAAAUCAUUUUGGACAGAGUGAUUUUGAGGUACCUGUGAAACAUUUGAGUGGAGGUGUCCAGGAAGUAGCUGGGAUCAGGGACUAGAGAUCAGGACACAGAUCUGGGCUAGAGAGAUAAAUCUUCACAGCAACCUCAAAGAAAUGACACUGACACCAUGUUAAUAGAUGAGAUCAUCCAGAGACAGUGCAUACAGUGAAGAAAUAAACAGGUUGCAAUUAGAAUCCUGGGGAAUGUUGUCCUUAAAGGUGUGGAAGGAAGAAGAAACUGAAGGAAAUGAGGAGUGGACAGAGAAGUGAAAGCCAAGAAAUAAAAGCGUUACAAGAAGAAAAACAUCAGAAAUGUUAGUCAGUUAGCAUGUUCUCAAAGAGCAUAAUUCAGAAGAAAGGAAAAACCUCAUUUGUCUGAAUGAUGUUCAUCACAGCGUAAAGAUCUGGAAACAACCCAAAUACUCAACAAUGUGGAAUGCCUAUGUGAUAUGACACAGUCACUCAUGUACUAUUCUGUAGCUUUAAAAUGACCAUUAAAAAGACUGUUAUACUGACGAAAGUGUUCAUGUUACAUGAACAGAAGAAAGAAUAAUAAAAAGCUUGAUGCGGGUUUCUCUUUCCGAUCCACCAUCUGCAGUGGAACCACCGCCAAGUUGCAGAUUUUCAUGAAAACCCAUAUGAGGAAGAUCAUCACUCUCGAGGUUGAACCCUUGGAUACAAUAGAAAAUGUAAAGGCCAAGAUUCAGGAUAAGAAAGGAACUCCUCCUGAUCAGCACAGACUGAUCUUCUCUUGCAAGCAACUGGAAGAUGGACAUACUUUAUCUGACUGUAGCAUUCAAAAGGAGUCCACUCUUCAUCUUCUGUUGCGACUUUGUGGUGGUGCUAAGAAAAGGAAGAAGAGAGAAGCCUGGGUGACUCAGUUGGUUAAGCAUCUGACUCUUGAUUUCAGCUCAGGUCAUGAUCUCCGGUUUGUGGGAUCAAGCCCCGCAUCAGGCUCUGUGCUGACAGUGCAGAGCCUGCCUAGGAUUUUCUGUCUCCCUCUCUGUCUCUGCCCUUCCCCUGCUCGUGCUCUCUCUCUCUUUCUUUCUCUCAAAAGUAAACAUUUAAAAAAAAAAAAAAAAAGAGGAAGGAAGGAAAGGAAGAAGUCUUACACCACUCCCAAGAAGAAUAACCAUAAGAGAAAGAAGGUUCAGCUGUCUGUCUUGAAAUACCAUAAGGUGGAUGAGAAUGGCCAAAUCAAUCACCUUCAUCUGGAGUGCCUUUCAGAUGAAUGUGGUGCUGGAGUUUUUAUUACUAGCCACUUUGGCAUUAUUUUGGUAAGUGUUUUCUGACCUGUUGCUUCAAUAAUCUGGAAGACAAGGAAUUCUAUAUGGGUUAAUAAAAGACAUGAAAUAACAAGAACAACAAAAAAGCUUGAUGCACACCUUGAUUUUAACUGGACCCUGAAAGUCCAGUUCCUUGACGGUAGUAAUCUUAUCUUAUUCAUCUCUAAACCCCAAGCCUAGGAUAACGUCCAGUACAUGAUUGGUUCUCAGUAAAUGUUUGCUGAAUGAAUGAACUACUUAAAAACUAUUUUUUUAUAUGUGGUCAAGGAUUGGAAGGAGAAAAAAUACAGUUACCUGAUGUGUUAAGACAGUGGGAUUAUGGGUGAUUUUCUUUAUAUUAUGUUUAUACCGUUAGUGGAAAUCAGGAGGGAAAAAUAUUCAGAUAUUUGGGAGCUAUUUGGUAGUUUUACAAAAUGGUUUUCUUUGCACAGAUGAUUUUAAUUUCAUAACUCUGUGAAAUAGGAUGGUUGAGCCCUUAAUGUUCUUCUGAAAAGAAAAUGGGAGUAUAGAGAUAUUGAAUUCCCUUUUGUUGUUCUAGAGUCAGCUGGUAAUAAGAUUCACAUUAAAAGCUAUGGUUUUUUAGUUUAUAAUUCAUUGUUUCAUCUCCUUAGCUAGUUUACUUUCUCCAUUUUGGAAACAGUGCAAAAAGAGAGUUCAGUAUCAGCAUGGCAAGUUCAGAUAUAUGUGUUAUUUUACAUAGAAUUGCUGUUCUUUGUGGUUGUCUUCUUUCACU